CGUUUGAAUCCGAUGCGGCCAUGUCUAGUGACUGCGGCGUUCCUGUCGGUGGCGAGCGCGCUUGUGCAUGCGACGACGCCGUUGUCCACCUCGCCCGUCGCGGUGAAUGCCACGGCGGUGGCGCCCCCGCCGUCGUUGGAUCCCCAAUGCUACCUCAUGCCCAUCCUUGUACUGCAUCCUUCACCGCCCCUUCCCACCCUUGACUGCGUCCAACCGCCACUGCCAUCGGAAGAUUGCAUCAAGGCCACGGUGUCGGCGACAUUGCGUGUGCUCCAACAUCCCACCGACGAAUGGACAUGCUUGCACGACCCCACGACGUCGACCACGGCGAACAUGUCGUUGCGCGUGCGAUACCGCGGCGACUCGUCGCUCCGCUUCACCAAGCACCAGUACCUGCUCAUGUUUGACGUCCCCACGCCUCUCCUGGUCAUGCCUGCGGACACGAAUUGGGCGCUGCACGGUCCGUUCAUCGACGGCAGCAUGAUGCGCAACCACCUCGCGCACUGGCUGUACCGCGGCACGGGACGCUAUUCUCCUCGCUCCCAGCAUGUGGCACUGUACAUUGCCGACCCCAACGGCGUGCCCAUCUACCAUGGCUACUAUUUGCUCUUGGAAACCAUCAGCUACGGCCCCAACCGUGUCGGGUUGGCUCUGAAUGUGGCCGCGGACUCGGAUCAUUCCGGGGGCUGGGCGUGGCAGUACAAUCCGCUUAAAUACGGCACUUACUCGCCCAACGUUGUCUUGGACAUGUACCAUGGCAAAUUUGGGAUGGGCGCACGACCGUUGCUCAUGUACCCACCGGGUCCGACGCUGUCCCAGCGCAUGCGUGAUGAGUUUGUGAACGUCUCGACGGGGUUUUUACCGCAAUACUAUCGGUACUUGUGGCACAACAUGACGUCGCCACUGGCGCUGAAGCAGCACAUUGACGUGGGAUCGUUCGUCGACUACUUUUUGCACACGGAGUGGAGCUUAAACCAGGACGCGUACGCGAAAAGCGCCUACUUUUUCAAGGACCGCCAGCGCCCCAUCGAGGCUGGGCCCGUGUGGGACCUCAAUCUCGCAUAUGGGCUGGGGUCGCACGCGCAUGCGGACACGUGGCUGUACUUGGCACACCCGGCGUGGAGACGUCUGGUGUGCAACUUUGAGUUUGCCAACCUGGCCAUUGCACGGUGGAAAGCGCUUCGACAAAGUGUGUGGAGUGAUAUGGCGGUGGUGACAUUUGUCCAAGCGUCGGCGUCGCCAUUGCAGCGAAAUUUGGCCAAGUGCAACGACUGGAUGAGCCGCCAAGACAGCUGCGCGAGUGUGAGCAGGAGCAACCAGGGCACAUAUGUGGAUCAAGUGUCAUUUUUGCAAGCGAUUUUGCUGGAGCGGGCCAACUGGAUGGAUAUUCGCAUGGAGCAACUGUACCAAAAGCUAGACGGGGCUAUCUGUGGCACUGUGGGAGACUUGCCAGCAUUCAACUGCGCCGAGGACGGCAACGACAGUGGGUGCUUGACGAGUCCGGCGGCGUACUACUCGAACGUGCGAUUUCCGCCGAUUCGCCCGCCGGAUGACGGGACCAAGAAGACUGACAUGCAGCAGCUGGAGCAGGCGUCGGCGUACGACUCGCCGUCGAUCGAUCCGUGCUGGCUCGCCAUGGGCCAAUCCGUGACUGCCGGGUACAUCACGCUCACGUGUUCAGGGUUUGGGUUUUGCCCGAGCGGACCCAACGCGACGUGUGUGUGCAACAACCAUGCGACAUCGUUUGACUGCUCGGGCGGCGACGAUACUGUCGGCGCAUGGUCGCAGACAGGUGCAUGGUCGUGGUGGGAUGCGGCCAUUUUCGCGGCAUGCGGCGGCUUUGGGCUGAUGGUGAUGGGGCUGGCGGCGUGGCGGCGGUACCACCGAUCGCGCCAAGAAGACCCGCUCCUGCGCACGACCGUUCCAAACUAUGGCGCGUCCAAGUGUGAAUGAAGCGACCAAGGAAGGGGUUGAGUUUUGAACGUAAACAAUUUAUAUAUAUAUAUAUGUAUGUAUACG